AAACGCAUUACCUCAUGACGUUGGUCAUGAUUACAUAAUGAUAUAAUAGUUUCUUCACCACGACGGUUACGUGCUAUAAAACAUUACUGGAAUUAUUCUCUAUACAUUGAGGUUGACGGGGAAUGAAUACUACCUAGGAUAGGAUAAGAUAGUAUAGGAUAGAAUAGGAUAGGAUAAGAUAGUAUAGGAUAGAAUAGGAUAGGAUAGGAAUGAAAUCUUCAUCCUUUGUAUACAUAUAUAAUUACGUGAACGGUUAUGCUGCAACAGGGAAUAUUAGAGAUGGCUCUCUUGUCGUGUAAUAUGGAUUAGACUAAUAUCCACAAAACAAAUUUGAUAUAGGCUAAUAUCCACAAAACAAAUUUGAUAUAAAUAGAAUUCAAAGGUGCGUGCACUAGAAAUGCUGAAGGACAUGGAUAGGUAGUUGGAUGGUCUGCUACGACACGUAGAUUCGUUUGAUAAACCGUUUUCGACAAUCUUCGAAAAAAAGCUAGAUUUAUUUAGAAUCGUUAUAAAAACAUCACCGAGAGAUGGACACUUAAUUAAUUUUUGGUUCUAUGAGCCAAACAUAUAGGUUGGCACAAAAAAUUUGAUCGCAACCAACAAAAACUUUUUUUGGGGUUUGGCUUAGCCUAACAAGAAAAUUAUAUGGUAGAAGAUGCAUGUCAAACAAAAAUCGGGUUCGCACCAAAAUUUAUAUAAACCCUUGCGGUGAUCCAAACGCUGUUUUAUUCUAGCACCCUUCAAGACCACUCGGUCUUCGUAUAUGACCAAUGGACAAUUAUGGAUAAAUCUGAAGAAUAUUUGACACGGAAAUGUAGCUCCAAGGAACCCAAUUAAGAUAUAGCGAAACCAAACAUGUUCCUCCAGGAUAUUGCUGAAUAUGUAGUAGAUACCUCUGGACACCCUGUUAGGAGGUAAGUUACCAAAUGGCUCAGCCAAGAAAAAUAAAAAUCGUUGCCAUGAAGCAUGUAACGUGGAAAUGUAGAUAAAUAUUAUUUACAGUUAGGUUAUUAAUCGACUGAAACACGGUACGCGGAAGGUCGUUCAAGCUUUUCGGCUUGAAGUUUCACCUUGAUAGCAAGGCCUGAGGCUAACAAAAUACAACCAGGUCACUCCUUUUCUACAUAUAUGGGUGGUAAUAAAUGUCUGAAAAUUAACAUUUUCCCUUAACCGAUCCCAAUGCCUCACAACAUCUGGAUCUAAAUUUUUUUUGGCAUUGUGUGUAUCCAUAUGGGUGCUUCCGGUUUUGUCUCAUAGUCGUGGAGAUAAUUUUUUAUAAAAAAUGUAUUUCUGUUCCCAGUGAAUAUUACGAUUCCAAUACACCAGUUGUCUUCCAAGGUAUGCCACGUUACCACUCCGUGGCCAUCACCUGGACGAAUAUCUAAAUGUCAGGUAACGAAAGGCAAUAAUUAUAAUGCCAAAAAUAAAUAACACCAUGCUAUAAAACUAAUUGUGUCCACCUAAUAAACAAGCCAGGUAAGUAUUUUUUAAUUGCUAGUCGAAGAUUGUAACAACAAAUACGUUUCAGCAAGUCUAUAAAUGCAGAUAUAUAUGCUCCAUUAGCAGUGUGCAGUCCUGAUAUGGUAAUGGUGCAUCGAGUGCGCUUUUGAAACUGCAAUUUUCAGAAGUCCAGAUUCAUGCCCGGAUUAGUGAUGUAAGAUUCAUAUGAUCGAUAUGGUAAAUAACAUAAACUUGAAGUUGAUAAAGUUGAGACUUCCGUAUCCGACUUUUCAUUCUCACUUCAAAAUAAUGCUGACGAUAUAAACAGCGUCUCUGAGGAAGGCCGCUGAAGAGUAAUUGAACUAUUGUAAAUGGACAACAACGAAUUGGAUCGAUCUCCUUUGAGCUGCAAGGAAACGGUCAGGAAUUUUCUAAAGCAAAUCGCAAGCAUCAGAAGUAGUUUGCGCCUAUGCCCAACUCUCCAGUGGCGUCAAACGAUCAAGUAAUUCUGCCGGUACUUUCGGUGACGGAUACCUCACUAUGGAAGAUUCAGGCCCUGUAUUUCAGGGACGCGUAAGUCAUGCGCUGGCAGAAAUGGAACGUUUCCUUAGAGCGGUGUGGAGGCCAACGAUGGGCCUGGUUUCUGCUGUCUUGUGUGGUUGCGCAUGUACGUAUGUUGUUCCCAGUGGGGUUGCUGCUGCCUUACACGAGCUGGGGAUAUUCUUUGGUGCACUGAAGGCAGUUGAACGGGACGUGCACGCGGACGUUACCUACUACACGAAAUUCGUUGUCAUUUAUUUUCUCAUGUCAACCUUUGUUCCCAACGUAUUUAGGGUGUUAUUUAUUACAGUUAUCCUCUUCGCUAACGAACCCCUGAUCACAGAUAUCUAUGCUACGCUGUUUGCGGGUCGGUUUUUUCCAUCAGAGACAGUUCCUCAGGCAGGAGGACGAACCUCAGAUGAAGAGACUCCACUUGUCCGUCGAGGGAAAUUACCCAAGUUUAACACGAAGUUCGCCGCAUUUAAAGAGCCAUGCUGUCAUGCAAAAUAGUCUAGGAGUGUUGGGUGGUUGACGUUGUUUCAUAAUAGGUUCUUCCUGUUUUUUUCUCGAUAAUAGAUUAAUUUGCAGAUACGUUGAAAACUUAUCGUGCAGUAUGUACUCAAUGGCGACUAUCUCCAAGCACUGUUCGUCAUUCCAAUACAUCGGAACGUUAAACCUUCUAUCGUAAUGGCGAAGCAUAUCUGCUUGAAUGUGUUUUCAUAGUUCCUGUGAGCGUGAAGCCGUCCAUAGUUAAAGUUUUUGAUGGCAAACGAUUGCUAUGGAAUUUUGUUCCCGUGCCGUUUCAUAGUUGUGCUGGAUGAAUCACCAAAUAAACAAGUCUUCAGUUCCAGGAUGCACAGACAUGAUAGCCAGCAAUCGUUGAAAAAACAUGACACAUCCAGUCUGUGCUCGAUGAAA